UCCAUUUGCGUUUUCUUUUUGCGAUCAUUCUUUGGCGGUGCACUUGAGGCUUGUUUUUUGAAAUGAUUGGACAUUGACAAGUUUACUUAUUUUAUAAUUUAGUCAUAUAUUAUUUAAUUAUUAGUUCACAAAAUUAUGAAUCUUAUACUUGGAGGGGGUCACUUUAAUAUAUGGGCCGCGGAAUCUAAUUCCGCGGCCCAUAUACUAAAGUGCAGCCCUUGAAGUAAAAAAAGUAGCGGACCUGAGGAACGGUAAUAAUUAAUGGAAAUAGAAUUCUCACACCAUGAGUAAGAGGAAAGCUCCAUCAAAUGAAGAUAACUUAAAUAGUGAUUUAUGCGAUUUUUUAAUUGAAUUAUCGAAUUAUGAACGAAAUGUGAAUAGGAACAUAUUCAAAUACAAUGCAUAUAGAACAGCUGCUAGUGCACUGGCAUCUCAUUCCACGAGGAUCACAUCCGGCAAAGAAGCGCUAAAGCUCGAUGGAGUUGGAGACAAAAUCGCCAAGAAAAUUGACGAGUUCUUGUCCACGGGAACUUUGAAAAAACUGGAAAAUAUAAGGAAUGACUCUAUUACUGAGAGUAUCAAUCUUCUGACAAGAGUUUCGGGUAUUGGCCCCGCCAAAGCAAAACAACUUUAUGACUCAGGAAUAAGAACAUUGGAUGAUCUGCAUAAAAAUCAAGACAAAUUGAAUCACCAUCAAUUGAUUGGUUUGAAAUAUUUUGAUGAUUUUGAAAAGAAGAUUCCAAGAGAAGAGGUUCAAGACAUUGAGACUAUUAUAAAAGAAUCAGUUUCGCGCUUGGAUCCAACCUAUUUAAUAACAAUAUGUGGAAGCUACAGGCGUGGAAAGAAUCAAAGUGGUGAUAUAGAUGUACUUGUCACUCAUCCCACGUUUGUAUCCAAAGGAUUGUCUAAAAAUAAUUCCUCAUUCCUAUUGAAGCAAAUAGUCAAUCUAUUAGAAGAGAAGAAGUUGAUAACUGAUACUUUAUCCCUUGGAGCAGUCAAAUUUAUGGGAGUUUGCAAAUUUAAAGAUGAUGCCAGAAGAUUGGACAUCAGGAUAACGCCAUACGAUCAGUAUUAUUGUGCUGUACUAUAUUUUACCGGAAGUGAUUUAUUCAACAAGAAGAUGCGGGCUCAUGCUUUGCAGAAUAACUUCACCCUCAAUGAAUAUACGUUGCGCUUCCUAGGUUGUACUGGUGUUCCUGGUAAUCCUGUCAAGAUUGAAAGCGAAAAAGAUAUCUUCGAUUGCAUUGAUUUUCCUUACAAAAGUCCAUCAGAAAGGAGUAUGUAGGAUUUACACAAGAAUAGUAUAGAAGGUUGCCUCGAUUGCAUAAGACGCAUGGAGAACGCAGCUGGCUCUGGUAUGACGUCAUGCUCCGACCUCUCGGCCCAGCUUAACAUACAUUCAAACGUAAAAAUGCCCAACUUUGAGCCCUCAUAGCAAAUUAAUUAUCAACACUAUUUAUAUAGAAGUGAGUGACAUAAAAAUGUUCAGCAUUUUACCCUCUUUGAAACAUUAUCAAAAGCAAUUUUUAAUAAAAAUCCUAUCAAUGUUACUGGCGAGUCUAAAACAAAUCGUUUGAGUACAUGAUUCGAUUCAAUACAUACCAUUUCAAAUACGUUUUUUGUACUUUCUCUUAGUUUUUUGCAUCGUUUUAGUUCUUUCUCUUAUGUUGAUUCUCAUUUAGAAAUUUCAUUCUUAUGUAGGUCCUUUUUUGUUUGUGGAAAGAACUGCUAGUUAACUUCUUCGGGAAGAAUGUAUGAUCAUCAUUUAAACAUUAUAAAGAUUCUUAUUUAUCCCAAUUUAUGAAAAAUAGAUAAUCACGACUUUUAAUGACUUCAAUGCUGUUAUUUUAUCAACAAAUAAAACACAUUUCACUACCAUACUGUAAGGUAGUUGAAACAUUUUAUGAAAAAUCAAUGAUAUGGUUUUUAAAUCUAUAAUUAGUUUUUGAAUGAUAAGUAUUUGAAUUAUAAUUAAGAUCUAUUCUUGCUUUACACAAGUUUUCUUUGCAUUCAUAAUUAUCUCAUGGACACAUUGAAAUAAAAAAAACAACAGUCUGUCUUAAAUAAUAUGAUAAAUUUCCUUUAUAUAUUUGUGUUCCAUGAAAAGAAACAAUAAAUAUACUAACAAUCAUCAAUAAUAAUAAUUCUACACUGAUUAGAAACAAAAACACUAUAAAGAGAGAAUAAGUUGGCACUACGACACACACACGCACACGCGCACAUACACAGACUACCAUACGACAUCAUAGUUCAAUGAUGUCGAAUAUUUUCGUUGUUUCCAUCAUCAAUAUUCUUAUUUGUCUUGUUGUAACGAAGAGAUUGAGACCAUUUGCAAGUCUCUAUCUUAAAGUAGUCAUGAAAAAUCGAUUUUAUAGUUCUAGCUUGUUACCUCAAGCAUAUGGAAAAACGCACCAGUAAUCAUGCAGGGUUUUCUUUGGAGGGCGCUGGAAAACUCAUUUUUCGACGUACAGCGCAGAAAGAUAUAUCGUUCCAAAGUUGAAAAACGCUCUAAAUUUCAAAGAUUCAAAAUUUCUUUGUAUCUCUUGCACAAAUAAAGUUAAAAUGGAAUGAAAUUCGAACAAAUUUAGAAAAAACGUUUCUUUGGGCUUUUGAAGGUUGUAACUAAAAAAAAUAUGCGUUUUAGGGGAAAAUUUUAUAGAACAAAAUUUGUAGAGGAAGAUUUUAAAAAUAUUUUCGUCUAAAAAAACGGUUGAAUAACUUGAACGGUUAUUGAAGUGCAUGCGAUAUAGCAAAACCCUGAAAAUUUUGGCGGCCAUCUUGUUUCCGAGGUGUUUGCCUGUGAUUUCGACUUAUCAUCAUCACGAUCCUUAUUAUGCUAGACCUAACGAAGAAAUUGAGACAUCUUCCACGGCUGUUACUCAAAAAUGACCAUGGAGUGCCUUACUCAUGACAUUUGCGCCCGGACUAUUCUGAAUUAAAUCGCAUAUUCAUA